AACAGAAAGUCUUGCAAGUGAUUGCACCAGUCAACUGGUUGACUUUUAUUGUGAUCUAUCAGAUCCGAAAACAGCUAAACAAACAUCUCUUAACGCUUAAGCUUUGGCCUAGCUGACUUUGAAACUCAAGAAGAUACAACAAAACUGCUGAUUCAAGAAGAUGGGGACAACACUGGGGAAGCCAUUUGCUGGUUUAUUCCCGGAAAUCGAACCGAGAAUAGUGUUUUUCGGACUCCCUGGUACCGGAAAAUCAUCUAUACUCCACAAACUCAAAACCGGAGAAAUGCUUUCCACAAACAUGCCCACCGUUGGAUUAGACAUGGAAAGCUUCAAAUACAAGAACUCGAGCUUCUGUUUCAGUGAAAUGGGUGGUCAUGGUCGAUAUAGGAUGAUCUCGUUAUGGAAACAUUACUUUCACCAAGUAUCAGGGUUUGUGUACGUUGUUGAUAGCAGGGACAGAGAGCGAAUGGAAGAAGCAAAGAGUUUCCUUCACAUGGUGAUGGACGAGAUACAGGGGCAUGUACCGGACAAUGCGGCUGUUCUUGUUUAUGCAAACAAGCAUGAGGUUCCUGGUGCUAUGUCUGCUUCUGAGAUCAGCAACGAGCUUGAUCUCGCUUCUCUUCGUCAGAGAAACUGGCAAAGAAACUGGCAUGUCCAAAGCUCAUGUGCAUUAACUGGUGAUGGUUUACAUGAAGGACUCGACUGGCUCCUGAAAAAUGCUGAAAGAAUGUAACAAAUUUCUUGUUUUUUUAUUUAACGCUGAAUCUUCUGUUCCAAGUUAUUAAGCUCUUCGUGCUUAUAAAUAUUUCCAUGUUUUCUUAGACAUAACUGAAUCACAUAACUAACAGACAGUUGCAUAACAAAGAUGCCUAUUAGAGAGAGUUUUUCUUAAAAAAUAGUAGACACUUUUUUAAUUGGUUUCUUGAACUGGAACAGAGCUGUUCUUGUCCACCGAAUCUGUAGUAUUUUCCUCGGACACUUUGAAGAAAGUAUAAGACAAUAUCAGGUUGUUGAUUCCGUCCAUUCUUGGAUCAGUCUCA